GACUUUAAAUAUACGUGCUACAGUAAGCCGUACUGCUGAUACGGACGUCAGUAACGUGGUUGGAUAUUGAAGCUCCGCCUAACGCAUUAUGGAUACUGUUCUGUUAAGUGACCUUGAACGUUUUUACCUAGUGCAGGGAGUUGAAGUAAACUGAUUGAUUGCACUCCGAAUUCGCUUUAGGUGGGAUGUAGAAUGGAUGGUCGUGGUCCAAGCGAAUAUCGGCCUUUAGAAAUCGAAACAAAUAUCUUAAGUCACGCUAGUGGUUCAGCAAGUAUUCGCAUUGGUGAAACAUUCAUUGUGUGUUGUGUUAAAAUGGAAGUUGGAAAACCUUCUUUAACCAGCCUAAAUGAAGGUCGUGUCGAAAUCAAUGUUGAAUGUUAUCCCACAGCAACUCACCGUUGUAAUGAAAAGGGAGCAUCCGAAUUGGCGGAACGCUUAAAGACAACAUUGCAAUCAGUCUAUAAAUCAGAGUUACUGGACCUUACAUCUCUUUGUAUCCAACGUGGUCGUCAAUGCUGGAUUGUAUACAUUGACCUACUUAUUUUGGAAGGUGCUGGCAACCUACUCGAUGCUUCUUCGCUGGUAAUUAAAGCUGCGCUACUCAAUGCUACGCAGUCGAAUUCUUCGUUGUCAUCCAUUUUUCAAGAUAAGAAAAGGGUUUCUUCUGAAGUUUUAACCCAAGAGUUUUAUGAAGAUACACUGCCGUUAUUUGUUACAGUACACAAAAUUGGAAAUGCUUACGUAAUCGACGCAACUAAACAAGAAGAGGCUUGCUCUCUGUCCAGACUAUCCCUAGCUAUAUAUCCCAAUGGUUCAAUAGGUUCCCUAGAAAACGAUGGGUGCUGUAGCUGUCAACUAGAAACAAUAGUCGAAAUGUCAGAGCUUGCAACAGCUGUUGGAAAAGAAUUAAAUCAUGCUCUACGGAAAACGCUGGAACUGGAGAAGCAGUUACGUUCUUAGGAAAAAUGUAAUAUCCAUGUACAUAUAAAUACACUUAUACAUAUUAUAAGAUGGUAUUUGACUGUUUAACUACAUUCUGACAAUGUGUUAAAUAUAUAAUUAGUCAGAUCA